AUGACUUGCAUGCCAUGCAUGCGCCGCGUAUCGAGAUCAGAUCUGGAUUCUGGAUCAAAGGGGGCAGCGUUUGACGCCGGGCGCCCUCGGCCGUCUGCCUGUCUCCCAAACGUGUCUCGAGUCGUCAACGUCUCUCUGCGUACGGAGCACAACUCUGCUCCACCGCUCUCUCAGGAGGUACAGUAG